UCACAAAAAUCAAAACAAUAGUGCGCACAGAAUCUGUGAUAAAAGUUAAACCAAAAACGUACGACCAAAUAAAAAUGAAGAAAAAGUGUGAGAAAACUGGAUACGUCAAUUAUUUUAGUUGCUUUCAGAGCGAAGUUGGAGCGAGUCAAGCGAAAGUUUAGUCGAUCGGUGGGCGCAGUUUUAUUUCUGGGAAAAAAAAUUUGUGUAGCCAAUCUCGGUGCUUAAAAGUGUUUAAUCUGCGGUGUGUGUUUCGUGAAACAUUUUAAAAGAUAUCGCUAUAGCGAAUACAUUUUACCAGAUAUUAAUUUGCAAUUUAUAUAAGCAAUGUUACACGAGUGUUAAUUGGAAAUUUAAAGGGUGUGUAGAAACGUCGCAAGCACUGUAUCGACUUAUCACUCGUCAACCCAAUCCAAUCCUGCCUUCAUCGCUGAAAUUGUGUGCAUCCCAGACCCCCGUAUAUGCAUAUGUACAUACAUAUGUAAUUGCAUUCGCUUGUGUGCACUUGCACGUACUUAGAGUACCGUUCGUUCAUCAUUUUCUACAUACAGAGAGUGGCGUAGAUAAAAUCCGCUAAACGUUUGUAAACCGGCAUAUACAUACAUAUGUGUGUGCGUACGUAUGUUGUAUAUAUUGUGAGCGGAAAUUUCAUUAUUUUUUGUUGUAUUAAAAUCGGAUAUUGAAUAUCGAAAUCACGUGGAACUAUCGACGGUUUAUGGUAAAUCGAGUUUGACCUGCCUGUGCAGCCGAAACAAACAGGUACACAUACUAGCAGUGAAGUGGCCUAACUAAAAUUUCGACAUCAUAUUUUCCAAUUGGACUACAAUCAAUUUGGAGCGUUGAUAUUUCCGAUUAGACCUUCGAUUUGAUUCAGUAGUACGUUCCACAAGAAGCAACCAGCAGAGAUCGAAUAUCUCCUCGACAUAUCGUUAUGCCGCUAUUUACGAAAAAGGGUCCGAAAUUCGGUAGAACAGAUUCUGAACUUGCCGCUAACUCUUCUUCCACCGCCGCUGGCACCAACACGUACAACGACCACAACAACACAUCGGCUAACGGCAAAACCAACACAAUGAAUGGUACCAACGCGAAUUCCCGCAUAGACCCAUACAUUCCCAAGCCUCAACUGAUAUUUCACUGUCAACUGGCGCACGGCAGCCCCACGGGCUUGAUAACCGGCUUUGCGAGCGUACGAGAACUCUACAAGAAAAUCGCCGAGUGUUAUGAUAUACCCGUGGAAGAGAUACUUUUCUGCACCCUGAAUUCACACAAAGUAGAUAUGACAAAAUUGCUGGGCGGCCAAAUCGGCCUGGACGAUUUUAUAUUCGCUCAUCGAAAGGGGCGACCGAAGGAGAUUGAGAUUAUCAAAUCGGAAGAUGCGCUCGGCCUUACAAUAACGGAUAAUGGCGCAGGCUAUGCAUUCAUCAAACGCAUCAAAGAAGGUUCGGUAAUUGACCGCAUCGAACACAUCGGCGUCGGCGAUCACAUCGAGAAAUUGAAUGAGGUAACCAUGGUGGGAAAACGACAUUACGAGGUGGCGCGACUGCUGAAGGAUAUACCCACGGGCACAACAUUUACGUUGCGUUUGGUGGAACCGAUGAAGAGUGGAUUUCAAGGUAUUGGACCGCGCACACAGUCGAGAGCGCCAUCUGGUCGUGGCUACGGCAGCGGCAAGGAAACAUUGCGGUUUAAGGCGAACGGCAAUGUGGAGAUCGAGGACAAGUUUGACGAAUCUACGCAAUCGGGCAUUGAGGCGAUCAAUAAUUUGCUGGAAUCGUUUAUGGGCAUAAAUGACACAGAGUUGGCGACGCAAAUAUGGGAUCUGGGCGCAAACAAAUCCAAUUCAAUGGACUUUGCGGAGGCUAUCGAUAAUUCCGAUUUGGAGUCGUUCGGCUUCACCGAUGAUUUUAUUAUCGAACUGUGGGGUGCUAUAACGGAUGCUAGACGUCGAAAGACGGCAAAGAAUUAAAAAUGAAUUGUCCAAAAGUAGUAAGAGAGGGAAUGGGGUGGAAGAAAAGUGAAUCAAUAGGAUCAAAUGUAAUAAAUAUGAAAGAACUAGAUAUGGAAAAUUAUUUGCGAAAUAGUGUUGUUUGUUAAUAUGAAAAUUAAAGUAUUGUUUUCACUACUUAGGAAAAUGUGGGUGGCAUAUCAAUGUAUUUAUUUAAAAAAAACUAUACUAAAUGCGCAUUUUGUUAGUUAUACAUACAUACGUAGUAAAUGUACUCCUAUUGAUAUUGUUUAAUGUUAAUUAUAUUAAAAAUAUAAUAACAUUCGUGAAUUCAAGAAAAUCAAAUUUGUACGUAAAUAAGUUGUUUCUGCCAAUUUAUAUACAUAUACAUAUACUGCAUGCAUAUAAAUAUAAAUAUACAAUAUUUAUUCGUUUAUUCAUUUAAUUAUACCAGAUAAUUAAAAUGUUUUAGAAUUUAAAAGCGUAUAUUUACAGCUAGAAGUGAAGAGGAAGCAAUGUUUAAACGGAACAUGUAAAAAUACAAAUAAAACCCCAAAUGCAAUACAUAUUUA